GUUACGUCUUGACCGCUUCAUACCAGCUGCUGCCCACUGGGACACUUUCUCACUCAUUGAUGUGUAUUUGCCCUCACUCUGCCCGGCAGGCCUGUGGGAAGGGAUGCCUAUCCAGUAGACAGGGAAUUUGAUAACCAACAUGCGUAGAUGUGGAAUAAACGAAUACGCGCUUCCAGCUGCUGCCGCUGCCGCCGCCGCUGCUAGCUCGCUAGGUAGCUAGCUACCGUAGCUCAGCAGCCCGUGGGAAAAGAGCUAACCGUGGCUAGCUACAGUUAACCUCCAAGACGUGGAAGUUGAUAAUUAGCAGUGCCUGGCUGCUAAGCCAGCUAGUUGCUUAUUUUUGUGUAACUUAAAGGGACAAAAUGGAGCUGUUCCAAGCCAAAGACGAUUACAUUCUCCAGAGCGGGGAUCGUGCUCUGUGGUGCAGCCGAAAAGAUGGGACCAUGACCGUCAGACCUGCAACAGACCUGCUGUUGGCUUGGAAUCCAGUGUGUUUGGGUUUGGUGGAAGGUGUCAUUGGGAAGAUACAGCUUCACACAGAUCUUCCUCUCGGCCUCGUAUUAAUCCGCCAGAAAGCUUUGGUCGGCCAAUUACCAGGCAACCACAAAGUCUACAAGAUCACCAAGAUAGCUGUCAUUCCUCUGUCUGAUGAGGAGCCCCAGGAGCUGGAGCUGGAGCUUUGCAAGAAGCAUCACUUUGGAAUCGACAAACCAGAGAAACUGGCCCAGUCUCCUGAUGAGUCAAAGUUUUUGAUGAAAACUUUAAGUCAGAUCAAAUCUAAUGUUGCUGUGCCCAUCAAGAAAAAGUAUUCCCCUGCCUUCCAGGUCAAGGAAAAUAAAGAGAAGGAGCGACUGGAGAGGCGGCUGCUGGAUGAGCUGUACAAGAUAUUCAUGGACUCCGACUCCUUCUACUACAGCAUGACGUACGACCUGACAAACAGUGUGCAGCGUCAAGGAGACUCGGAAAAGACCAGCUUACCCCUAUGGAAACAGGUGGAUGACCGUUUCUUCUGGAAUAAACACAUGAUCCAAGACCUUAUUGACCUUCAGGUGCCAGAGGUCGACUUCUGGGUGAUACCAAUUAUCCAGGGGUUUGUACAAGUGGAGGAACUGGUGGUGAACUACAACGAGACGUCCGAUGAGGAGAGGAGCAGCCCUGAGACCCCACCGCUGGAGGUCACCUGUGUUGAUGACAUCCAUCCUCGCUUCACUGUGGCUCUGAUCUCCAGACGUAGUCGCCACCGUGCAGGGAUGCGAUACAAACGCAGAGGAGUGGACACAGAUGGCCAUGUGGCCAACUAUGUGGAGACAGAGCAGUUGAUCCACGUGCACAGCCACACUCUGUCCUUUGUGCAGACCCGCGGCUCUGUGCCGGUCUUCUGGAGCCAGGCAGGGUACCGCUACAACCCCCGGCCACGCGUAGAGAAAGGAGAGAAGGAGACCAUGUCUUACUUUGCGGCUCACUUUGAAGAACAGCUUAAACUCUACAAGAAGCAGGUCAUCAUUAACUUAGUGGAUCAAAGUGGACGAGAGAAGCUAAUUGGCGACGCAUAUCUGAAGCAAGUCCUGCUUUACAACAACUCAAACCUCACAUAUGUUUCAUUUGACUUCCACGAGCACUGCCGAGGUAUGAAGUUUGAGAACGUACAAAUACUGACAGAUGCUAUUUCUGAUAUCAUCACUGACAUGAAGUGGGCCUGGGUGGAUCAAGCAGGAGUCAUCUGCAAACAGGAGGGAAUCUUCAGAGUUAACUGUAUGGACUGUCUUGACAGGACCAACGUGGUUCAGGCCGCUGUUGCUCGGGUAGUGAUGGAACAGCAGCUGAAGAAACUGGGCGUGAUGCCUCCAGAGCAGCCUCUGCCUCUCAAGUGCUACAGGAUUUAUCAGAUCAUGUGGGCCAACAAUGGAGACACCAUCAGCAGACAGUACGCAGGCACAGCAGCGCUCAAGGGAGAUUUCACCAGGACGGGAGAGAGGAAACUGGCUGGUGUGAUGAAAGAUGGCGUGAACUCAGCAAACCGCUACUAUCUGAACCGUUUUAGGGAUGCUUACAGACAAGCAGUCAUUGACCUAAUGAUGGGCCUGCCAGUGACUGAGGACCUGUACUCCAUCUUCAGUAAAGAGAAGGAGCACGAAGAGAAAGAGAAGGAGAGCCAAAGAGGAGCUCAGGAGCAGGUCAGCCUCCUGCUGCAGACCUACAUGCAGCUUUUGCUGCCGGAUGAUGAGAAGUUUCAUGGUGGUUGGGCCCUCAUCAAUUGUGACAUGAGCCUCAUUGAUGCAACCAACAAAGAUGUGGAUGUGCUGCUGCUUCUCUCUGACAAAGCCUACUACAUUGCUUACUACGACGAAGAAGCAGAUAAAGUCAACCAAUACCAGCGCCUCAAUUUAGAGGGUUUGGAAAAGAUCGAAAUUGGUCCAGAGCCGACUCUGUUUGGGAAGCCAAAGUUCUGCUGUAUGCGUCUGCAUUACAGGAAUGAAGAGACGAGCGGAUACUUUCACACGCUGAGAGCAGCAACACGAAAUCCUGAGGAUGAUGGAAAAGAUACAUUGCAAUGCAUAGCUGAGAUGCUUCGCAUAACAAAACAGGCUACAGGGCUGGACCUGCUUGUGGUUGAGAAGAAGCUGGAGAGGCGACAGAGUAGACCUCAUGAGGAUAUAAUGGGGAUCCAGAACAAACCUGCUGAUCAGGCCCAGGGCAGCUCUGGUUUGGCACAAGGCAAAAGUUUCCUCCUCAACAAAUUCUCCUCCCUCAAUCAGAAGGUGAAACAGACCAAGACAAACGUAAACAUUGGCCCCUUCAAGCCCCUCGGGAAGCUGGGCAACUUCUCUAAGCCUGAUGUAAAAGUCAAUUUCCUAAAACCAACUAUGCACGUCAACCUGUGGAAGUCAGACAGCAGCUUGGAGACGUCGGAUAGCAACCCUGGUGCAGGAAACUUGAAAGAUAUCGUUGAUGGGCACUCUGAAAUCUCAGACGACUCUGACUCCUAUAAUUCUGACCCAGAGCACCCGUGUUCUGGUUCUUUAGAAAACGUGGACUAUGUGCUGCCCAGCUGCGGCAUUGUAGCAUCAAACCCACGACUGGGGAGCCGCUCCCAGUCCAUUGGUAGCGUGGAGCUAAAUAUCCCCUCCAUUAUCCGGGUCACGGGCUGUGACGGAGCGCAGGAAAGCUCCUCUCAAGUCAGCGAUGACAAGUCUCCAGGUGCCGCCUCGGUGGCUGAAGAAGCCAUUUUGAUUGACUUUGGUACUCCCAUUGAUGCCUACUGCCACCAGUUUGUCCAGGAUGCACAGACCAAACCUGUCGAGGUGUUUGGAGAGCAUCCGCCAGCUCCUGUACCUCCACUCAACCCUGAGGUGCCUGUGCAGAAUAAGACCCCAGCAGACUCAGACAAGCAGCCAAGCUCUGAGCUGCAGCAUCAGCAGGAAGAAGCCCAGCUCCCCAGGCCAUCCCAGCUAGACGUCCAGUCCACUACCUCCAGUUCCAACCUCCUCACCGUCCAGAAGCCCAGCUCUGCGGUCUCAGGAGGCUCUCAGAGGAGUCUGUGUUCACAGAUGGAGGGCAGCCUCGGCCCUUCGCCCGCCGACAGCAACGGCAGCCGAGUGGUGUCCCCCUUUGCCAAGAUCAAGAGCUCCAUGGUCCAGGUGGCCAGCCUCACCCAGGCGGGACUCACCCAGGGCAUCAACUUUGCUGUGGCAAAGGUGCAGAAGAGCCCCGAGCCAGAUACUGUCAACGAGGCCCAAGAGAACGAGCUGAAGGCAAUGUUUACACAGUGCCAGACCAGGAUCAUUCAGAUCUAGUGCUUUCCUUGUAGCAGUACAACGUGUUGAAACUUCCUGUAUGGUAGCAGUAGCAAAAGCUUGCACAUAGCGUCACCACUCGGCCAAGAAACACGCUCCUAAAAUUUGCCCUUUAGUUAAACUUGCCCAUAUUAAUGAUGACUCUUGUACAGAACUUACAGACAGACACACACGUAAGCCCCACAUGACAGUGACCAUGUUUACAUGCACAUAAUUAUGGAUUCCCUUAGUUGUCCCUUUUGCCGUGCAGUCAUACACACUUAUUGAUAACAGAGUUAGAUUCCCUCUCUUCUAUGGGUAAAUAAUCAGUUGUCAUCAAUAUAUACCUUACCUAUGGAAAUUCGAUUAAUAUGGAAAUGUCUCAGAGUACCAGUUUCCUAGUGCCUAGGCUGACUAUAAAAAUGACAUAUGGUAAAUGUUUUAGGUAUUUGGGGAAUCUGUUAUAACUGCUGCUAAAUUAAAUUGAUUUAUAAGUACAGUUUUCCUAUUAAAUUUUAAAUGUAUUCUCAUUAUUAAUCCCAUAAGAGACAAAUAACUAAGACGAGAAGAUAUUUAGGUUUUUAAGAAGUUUUAAUCUCAUGCACUUCCAUAGUAUUUCUGUGCUUGUAAACAUGUUACUGUCCUUGGUCUGAAGAGUUAUUUAAUUACCCACAAUGCCUGCAUGUGAGGUUAACAGUAACAACUGAUUUUAACAAGGCAGGUAAACAUUCUCUGCAUGUUAAAAAGACCAGCUCUGACCCUGACAUGUACUGUGUGUUAUCCCCGUAUGUGCAGGUCACUUAUUGGCGUGUGUGGUAUAGACCUCGUAACAACCUUCGAUCUGUAACAGUUGUUGUAGAAUCUGACCAAAUCUCUUUUUGUGAUUCCCAAAGGACGACUCUGUGUGAACUAUAACCCUUUGUAUAGGUGUCAGAAACUAGUCAGACGACAUACUGUACGUAGUUAUCCUAUGUAAUAUCAAUGUUGUCAAGUGUAACUUAGAAGAUAUACCGUUAAAGAAACAAUGAUUACACAAGACCUUAGUAAGAGUAUCAUGGUUGUUGAUAUGUACAGUGAGUAUUGUAUGUUUAACUGUUCCCUGAGUAGAGCCUUCCCUUAAGCUUUUUGUAUUGAUGGUAGGGGUGGCAGCUUAUUUUGAAAAGAUCGCCCAGUACUGUCAUCGCUGACCGUGAGUAAACCAGAAAACUGCUGGUUGUUGUUUUUGAUAGAUAUAUGUAUUGAAAGAACUAUUCUGCUAAUGGUUGUACUAAUUAAUCAUGAGGGUUUUGUUUGAACCGAGUCCUCAGCCAGCGUUGUAUAUUGACGUCGCAUGUUUGACAAAGACAGGAGAGUAGCAUAUAGUAGGUAUAUAUGCAAUUGCACCCACCCAAUUAUUAGAAACACUGACGCUUUAUGCACUCCCCAAACUGAAAGCAUAUUUGCCUUAACAGGGAAUUGAAGUGGAAUUAUGUAUAUCAGGUAUUUAUGGCAAAAUCUACCUUUUUAAGUCCAUUCUUACAUGUUACAUUCGGUGUACUGUAUAAAAGAUCAUGUUCAGGGUUACUGUGUGUCAUCAGGCUUUAUCUUGGGAUAUUUCAGUUACUGGCUACAUCCAUUCUCCAGGUUUAAGAGAUGUAAACAGUGUGUUGGUUGUGUGUAUGUCCUGUACAGUAUGUGUGAGUUUGUGUGUUUGACCAUCCCUGCUGCUGCUGCUGCUGCUGCUGGUGGUGUUUAGGAUUGCUCGCCUCAGAGCCCUGGUUAUAUUUACAUGCUUUGAAGCUAUAAACAUCGUUAUAUUGUGCGUGGUUUUUCGUCUUUAACCUCAAGAAGUGAGGUUUCGCCUCAUUAGGCAGACUUUAUAGUUUACCGUUAAACUUCUACAGGACGUUGUUAGAGUCCUCCGGAUGAAAUGAUAAUGAACCAAGGCCACCUCAUCCCACUGUUGUGCAUAUUGGUGUCUGUUUCUCAUAAAUAAUAAUAAUAAUGAUCUGUUUUGCUUCUAGCUGAAGUAUCCCAAGAUAAAUGGUCACGUUUCAUAUUUUGUUACAUUCGCCUGUUUUCUGCAUUCAGCUUGCUCACCAGCAGAUAAGAUGUGGGAUACUUGUAUAUUUUAUCUGACUAUAAUUGUGUUAAGUGAGACUGUAGCCUUGGCUGCUCUGUGGGUAGUUUAUUGAACCUGCUGAUAGUGUGUGGUGCUGCCAAAGCUUGGAGAUAACGGCUGUAAUGCAAAGUUUUAAUGCAGAGGGUAUAAGGUGUUUUUUUUUUUUUUUAAACUUCCUUCAGGAUUGCAAACACUGGAGCAGUUCUCAAGCAAAGCAGAAACUUAUUCUGUCCUAAACUGGCUGUAUGAAGCUAAAAGGAACAGUAAUCCUCAACAUUCCUGAUAUAGAGACCACAAUGCUAGAGUGCUGGUGUCUGGUUUUUAUAUGCAAAAGCUGGCAGAGUUAAAUCCAUAGAUUUUUGUUUUUACACCAAGUGCUUUUGCAACCAACUCUUCAUUUGUUCGCUGUGGUUGUCUUCCCCUCCAGUCAGGACCCAGGGCCAUGACAAAUGAUCAUGUGACCAGAGGUCUAAAAGCAUUUGAUUUGCACUGUUUAAGCACAUUUUCUAGCAUUAGCACCAUUUCAUCUGAAUGUCUGUGGUCAUGUCUUUCUCCUUUACCAACUGGCUAUUGUCAUUGUUUUCCACAGUGUACUGAGAUUGUAUUGUAUAUUAAAAUAUCCUAUUUAUUCUUA